AUGCUUGAUCAGAGCCGUCUAUCUCCACUAUCACUUGAGUUCAUGGAACCGAUUAGUGACAAUGAAGAGGAAGGAUGCCAAGAGGAAUUACAAGAGGAGGAUUCCGACAAUGAUAUAGAUGAACUGGCGAUCCCUCACUCCUCAAAGCGGCCUGUGGAUAGUUUAGAUCUAGAUGAUAGCACCCUGCUGGAGGAAACAGUAUUCGAUGGUAUACAGACCCGGACAGGAAGGAUUCGGAAGAAGCCACGGCUACCAGACGGAUUCGAAAUUGGCAAGCCAUAG